AUGGCAAAGCUCGCUCUUAUUGUAGCACUUAUGCUUUUUCAACUAUGCAAAGCUGAUGAACCUAAGGUAGAAAAUGAAAAAGUAGAAAAAGAAUUACAAGAGGAAAUUCAAAAAGAGGAAUGCCAAGAUGAAAAUCAAGACUGUUCUAAUUAUGCGUCCCUAUGCACGCAACAACCAUAUGAAGAACUACUGAAGACAAGAUGUCGCAAAACUUGUCAACAUUGUUAA